AUGGCACUUAUGUAUCCAAUGCAUUUUCCAACAGUACCGUUACGUUGGGAUGAAGCAGCUUGGACAAUACCAUGUACAGAUGCAAUUGAUGAGUUGUUACUCUCAAGGCUAGAAUCUCUCAUAUCGAUGAAGUCAAAAAUUAGUCAAAUGCGUGCAAUAACAAAUGCCACAUCAGGAAAUAACCUGAUGCAAGAAGGUGAUGAUCUAGAAGAGGACGAGGAAGAUGUGGCGGAUGAAGAUGAUGAGCAGAAUCAAUAA